AUGGGUAAGCCACUCAGCAGGCCGGACUGUUUAAGGCGGAAUCCCACCUGCCUGGGAAAAGGAGAGGAGGAGGAUGGCUACAUAGAGGACUGCUAUGUUCCACAGCGGUCUAUAUAUGAUACGAUGAGGAUAAAUGAACAAAUUGACCAGGGGUCAAAGCUUAACCAGACUUCAAAAAGCACCAUGGAAAAGAUGGAAGGAAGUACUAUAUCCAGCAAUGGUACGUUAGGAGCAGCAUCUAAUGUUUUUGAAUCUAGAGCACCAGAAGGUAAAAAGUUGGAUGAGAGAAUAAUAUUUGAUGCACUAAAGCUAAGCAGUGAUGUGCAGAAGUCAGCACCUGUGCCACCCAGAAGACGGCCAAAUGCAGAACGCAAAGACAAUGUUAACAGGAGAUCUUGGAAGUCCUUCAUGCCACCUAACUUCCCAGAAUUUGCAGAAAGGAUGGAAGCUUCUCUCAGUGAGGUUUCAGAAGCUGGUGCUUCAAAUCCUUCCUUGCGAGAGAAGAAAGAAUCUAGUUCUGCAUUAACAGAAAGUUCUGGUCAAUUGGAUCACAGGGAACCUCAGUCAGAAUCAGUAACUCUGGAACAUGUGUCCAAAUCCUUAGGUAUUCCAGAAGUGCAAGAUGUAAAAAAUUUAAGUGGUGACUGCCAGGACUUCAGAUUUCAGCAGCAUAGUGAGAGCUCUCCCCAUGAAUUCCAGCCUGUAGAAUCAGAAGCUGCAACAGCAAGUGGUAACACAGAAGUAAUGCAGGAACACAGAUUCUCAAGUGCAACCUGGCCAAGGGCCAUGAAAAGUUUAGCUAAGGGAGGCUUCAGUGAGAAGCAGCACCCCCUUGGGGACACAGCCUGCACUGUGGAAAUACCACCUCUCUCUCCUUGCCUGAGUGAAGAGCUGUUAGGUCCAGAAUUGCAUAUUCUCAUAACCCCCAGCCUCAGAGAGAAAACAGAGUCUGAGCUGAAGUUUGAGGAGGAUGAGCGAUGGAUCAUGAUGGAAACUGAGGAGGAGUGGGAGGAAGAUAAACUGUCAGAGAAAGGAAAGACUUUUCUAAUAGCAGAUGAAAAGAACAGCCUGGCAGAUAUUUUUGAAGAAAAAGAACAAGCAAACACAAAAGCAGUGGUGGAGGAUGGAUCUGAUCACUUAGCUGCUGUCUUGGGGACUUUUGACCACCUGACUCUUGGUCAAAUUUGUUGCUCUGAUGACCAACAGCCAGCUAAGGACCUGUUGGCUACUCUUUCCACGGAUACACCCCUGGAUUGCAGUUGUGUCCUUACAGGUGAGGUUACUAUAGGUGAGAUGGAAAGCAGGACUGCUCAGGGGCUAGAAAGUGUUUUUUCGAAUUUAGAAUGCACUGUUGGUCCUAUUGAUGCAGAGCAACUCUCUGAUACAGAUUCAGUGCAGAUGUUUCUUGAACUUGAAAAGGAGUGUUUAUGUGAAGGAGUAGCUCCUCUAGUUGAGCUGCAGAAUCAUUCCUCUUCUGAAGGGCUGGCCGCAUCCCAGGAUGCAGAAAAUUUACUUGUAAUUAGCCAUUUUCCAGGGGCUGCUUUAGAAAUGGAACAGCAAGUAGGCCUUUUAAAUGUAAAGGUAAAGGACUCUGAUAUUGGAUUGGAUUGUGAAUAUUUUAAUGUCCUGGAUUCUUCUCAGGUGCCUAAUGCUGUGGAACUUAUUGCCCACCUUGAUAUCAUGAGGGACACUUCCACUGUUAGCAGGGAGGAAUGUGAAAAAGUGCCUUUUAGCCCCAAAGCUGCGGGAGAAUUUAAGUCUAGACAACCAGCUGAUCUGGAUUCACUGGGAAAACUGGGCCCAGGAGGAUUGCUGAACUCUGAUCACAGGGCUUCUCAUGAAGAAAAUUUAUCAGGCUUUAUUGCUUCUGAGCUGGCCAAAGAAAAUGGCAAUUUGUCCCAGGUAGACUGCAGUCAAACUGAGGGGAAUGUUGAGGAGUGUAUGGAGAGGGCUUCCCUCAGUUUUGCUUUUAACUAUGAACUAACAGAUGUUACCUCAGGACCUGAAGUAGAGGUGUUACUGUAUGAAUCAAAAUUACUAACAGAUGAGAUUCAUUUGGGGGCUAAGAAAGUAACUGUUAAUCAAGAAAGUAACAGUCUGACAUCCUUGGGAAAUGUGGACUCUUGUGAAUUGUCCAUGGAGAAAAUUUGUGAUGGGGAUGGUGAAGCAAUAGAGCUGGAUUAUCAAGCCAUGCUUUCGGAGGAGCAAGCCCCAGCACAUUUUCAUAGAGAUUUCCCAGAGCAAGUCUUCCACAAUCUCCAAAGGAAGUCCCCAGAGUCAGAGACUCUGAGUUUGCACCUGCUGCUUGGAGAGCUGAGACACGGCACAGAUGGAGUAGAAACUGUGAAUAAUACAAAGCCUAAGCUGAAUGUGGCAUCAUCAGAGGGAGGGGAGGUGGAAAUGAGAGGUUUGGAUUCAUUCCCAAGUAUCUUUCACGAGGAACAAGUUGCUAAGGCUAGUAGUACUGAACCAGUUUUAGAGGAAUGUAUGCCCAUCCUACAGAGGCCUGCUCUGACUGUUGCAUUGCCCACUGAAGAAGAUGCCCUCGAUGUUGCAGUGCCCACCCCAGAGGAGGAAGUUCCCACUGCUGCAGAGCCUGCCCCAGAGAAAACUGCUGUAGCUGCUGCUACAGUACCCUUCCCACAGGAGGAUAUCCCUGUUGCUUCAGUAGUCACCUUAGAGGAGGAUGUCACUGCUGCUGCAGUAUCAACCCCAGAGAGGGCUGCUGCCCCAGCUGUUGCAGUGCCUACUUUCGAGCGGACUUCUUCAGUUACUGUAGUGUCCUCCCCAGAGGAGACUGCUCCAGCUGUUGCAUUGGUCAUCACACAGCAGAAUGUACCUGCUGUAGCAGAGUCCUCCCCAGAGUGGAUUGCUCCAGCUUCUGCAGUACCCAUCACAGAGGAGGAUGAUACUCUUCUAGAAGGACCUGACACUCCAGCUGCUGCAAUGCCUACCCCAGAGGGGCUUGCCUCCGCAGCUGCUGCAAUGCCCACCCCAGAGGGGUCUGCCUUUCUAACUGCUGCAGUGCCUGCUCCAGAGGGGUCUGCCUUUCCAACUGCUGCAGUGCCUGCUCCAGAAGCGCCUGAUACUCCAGCUGCUGCAAUGUUAACACCAGAGGGGCCCGCUUCCCCAGCUGCUGCAGUGUCCAUCCCAGAGGGACCCACCUCCCCUCCUCCUGCAGUGCCCACCCCAUUGGGGCCCACCUCCCCAGCUACUGCAGUGUCCGUUCUAGAAGCGCCUGAUACUCCAGCUGGUGCAGUGCCCAUCCCAGAGGAACCUGCCUCCCCAGCUGCUGCAGUGCCCAUCUCAGAGGAGCCCACCUUCCCAGAUGUUCCAGUGCCCACCCUAGAGGAGCCUGCCUUUUCAGCUGCUUCAGUACCUACCCCAGAGGGACCCACCACCCCAGCUGCUGCAGUGCCCACCCCAGAGGGACCCACUUCCCCAGCUGCUGCAGUGCCCACCCCAGAAGUACCCAUCUCCCCUGCUGCUGCAGUACUUCCUAUGGAGAAAGUUUCCCCCACUGGUGUACCCUUCCUAGGAGAUUCUGCCCAUGCUGAUUCAGUGCCUAUCUCAGAAGAAGGAGCUCCUGUUGUAGAGGAGGCUUCCCCCACUGGAAUGUGGAUCCAGAAGGACCUUGAUUCCAUAGCAUUUGGAAUAAAAGAGGUGACCAGCAUAGUGCUCCAUGGGAAAGUGCCUCUGGCUGCAACUGCUGGAUUAAAUUCAAAUGAGGUAAUUGUUGCUUAUUUUGAUGCUGGGAAGGGUCUAGAGAGUAAAGUGAGAUUUGCAAGUUCUCUAACUUGA